GGGGUUUCGAAUCUGAACGGGAGCUCGACUUUACUCUGUCACAGCGGGCAGCUACCAAGUACCUACCUUCGAUUUCCAUUGAUCCCAGAGCAUCUUCCUUAAGGUGAUUACUUUUCAUAGCAAAAUGGCGCCCCCGGCAAUCAUAGCACCGUCGAUCCUGUCGGCCGACUUUGCCGACCUCGGCGCCGACUGCGCCCGGACCAUCAAGCAGGGCGCCGACUGGCUCCAUGUCGACAUCAUGGACGGCCAUUUCGUGCCCAAUCUCACCUUUGGCCCUCCCGUCGUCGUCAAGAUCCGCAGCCAUGUCGACCGGCCGACCCAGAGCCUGGGCAAGGGCACCUUUGACUGCCACAUGAUGAUUGCCGAGCCCAAGAAGUGGGUCACGGAGUUCAAAAAGGCCGGCUGCGAUCUGUACUGCUUCCACUACGAGGCCGCCUCCUCAUCAGCCGCCUCGAGCCCCGAGGGCCAGUCGGAGCUCAAGACGAGCCCGCGCGAGCUGAUCCGCUACAUCCACGACAACGGCAUGCUGGCCGGCAUCGCCAUCAAACCGGGAACCAAGGUCGACGUGCUGUGGGACGUGCUGGACAGCCCCAACGAGAAGGAGCGUCCUGAUAUGGUUCUCGUCAUGACGGUCGAGCCUGGGUUCGGCGGGCAAAAGUUCAUGGCCUCGGAGCUGCCAAAGGUCGAGGCGCUCCGCCAGCGGUACCCGGACCUGAACAUCGAGGUCGACGGCGGCCUCGGGCCCGGCACGAUAGACCAGGCCGCCGACGCGGGAGCAAACGUCAUCGUCGCCGGCAGCGCCGUGUUUGGCGCCAAGGACCCCGCCGAGGUCAUCGCCCUGCUCCGGGAAGCCGUCGACAAGAGAAACGGGAAGCUGUAGAGUAGAUUUAAUGACUCGCUCUGGUUUCAGGCGCGCCGUGUAGCUUCGGUAUACAUAUAUAUAUAUAUAUGUCGUCCUGAACGCAGCCGAUACGCAAGACGUGUGCCGCGAUUUGAGAAAUACUUGUCAGGAAACGAGCAGCCAUAUAGAUUAAUAUAGCUAAUCGAGUAAUAUUCUAAGCGAAAG